ACAGCGAACUGUAUGCACUGAAGAUCUUGGCACUCUGCACCGAGCAGAGCCUCAGCCUCCCAAGCCGGGGCAAACGUCUCCAUGCUGGAAAUCAGUCUUCCCAGCUAACAUUCGCUCCCCUUGAAACACCUUUGCGCCAUCGCCAGGGUCCCGUCAUGGAGAUGGACAAGGAGGCAGCGAGGGACUUCCUCUCCUCGCUCCUCAACAAGAACCUUCGAGUCGUCGCAACUGACGGGCGCAUGUUCCUUGGCCAAUUCAAGUGCACCGAUCCGGACCAGAAUGUAGUCCUUGCUCAUACCUACGAAUACCGGCAGCCGACAGUCCAGCAACAAGGGGAUGCAGCGCGAGCGGCGGGCGCGAACGCGGAGAGCGUGAAGAUGGAUAUGACCUCGCGCUACUUGGGGCUUGUUGUGGUCCCUGGAGAACACAUCGUCAAGAUUGAAGUCGAGGAGUUUGCGAGCCAAUUGAAGCACAGCAAUCCUUAUGCCGAAGCUGCGGUGGCAUGAUGUGGCAGUAGACGUAGGAGUUUGGGGCGAUUUGAACCCUUGGAGCGCGCUUGGUGAAACGGAAUCACGCUUAGAAUCAAACGACGACACGAGCAGGUGGUACCAGAAUAUUUUUGCAUAAUGAAAAUUCAUAAACCUGAAAACUACCAUACAAGUGACCCGGAGUGGGUGCAGCCAAUCCCGUCGACCAAACACCAAAGAAAUCAAUGCCCAAGCAUGUUCCUGACCGAAAUGGCUCCUCAUUACCACCACAUUCCCGCAUCGCAGUGUAGCCACAAUGAAAUUAGGCAUCGUGACGUUUUUAUUAGCUUGGCAUCCUCUUUCAUGCCGCAACUGCCUCCUGUUGGCGACCGCGGGUUUCGCCGUUAAGACCAGUGUCGCUCUCGAGUACAGAGUUACGGUGGUCAUCCUCAUCGAGCUCAUCCUCGUCGGAGUAGUCGUCAAUCUCCUUGUUGCGAGUCGCGGGCAUCCAUGACGAAUCAUCGUUGAGAGGAGCAUCCUGUCCCGACAAGUCGUGCUCACGCGCCUUGAUGUUAUUGCGGCGGCGAGUCGACAGGGUGCGGGAGCGGGUAGACAGCUUGGAGGAGACAGCAGCGUUCGAGGUCACCCAGCUGGUGAGGGAGUCCUCGCAGUCCUGGAUGAUGGCCUUGCUGGCUUCGUAUCCGUCAUAGGCCUGGCGGGUCUCGCCGGGGGUGACGGGGGUAUCGUCGAUCAGCUCGAGAAGGUGCUUGCC